AUUAUUUUUUGUUGUUUUUGAUAAUUUGCAAAAUUUUUUAAAGAUUUUUUCGCUAAUAUUAUUCGGAAUAUAAAUAUAAAAUAAGAAAAAUAAAAAAGAAACAAAAUAUAGUUACAAAUUAAACGAAUCCCUAAUAAAAAAACCAUCAACAUGGCUCAACAGGAAUCCCAAGUAAUGAGUUUACCACUGCCUCCGGUGCAAUAUAUAAAUUUAUUUUCCGAGGAUAGUAUAAGGCGUAAUAGAGCUCCUAGGCCACCGCCACCUAUUCAGGACAUGUACAGCAUGUUUGGCAUACAAUACAAUAAUGAGGAAAUGAUACGUUCCUUAGAAUCACAAAACAUCAAAAGACUCAUACCCAUACAUUUUGAUAGACGGAAGGAGCUUAAGAAAUUAAAUCAUUCAUUGUUUGUUAAUUUCUUAGAUUUAAUAGAUUUACUCAUACAAUAUCCGGAUAGUCCUAGGAGAACAGAAAAGAUUGAUGACUUAAGUUUACUCUUCGUACACAUGCAUCAUCUACUCAACGAGUUUCGUCCCCAUCAGGCUCGUGAAACUUUGCGUGUUAUGAUGGAAAUGCAAAAACGCCAACGCGUCGAGACCACCAAUCGUUUUCAGAAGCACUUAGAACGUGUUCGGGAUAUUGUCAAUAAUGCCUUUGCUGCUUUACCCGAAAUCACCGAUGAUGAUCUUAGCGAAAGUGAUAUUAAAAUGGAAGUUGAUGCUCAAGAUUCGAAUAAUGGCGGUAAAUCGGAUGCUAGUUAUCAAUUAGAUCGUAUUAUGUGUAAUGUCAUUGAUAACAUGGAAUAACCGAUUAUUCUUUGGAAUGGCCAAUACUAAGGGACGGUAUAAAAAACUUUAGUUUGUAAUAAAUUAGUUUAUUUUAUUUUUUUUUGUGUAAUUUAAAUAUUUUAAUUGUAUAUUUAGAAAAUUAAGUAAAAAAAAUAUCGAAAAAAUAUAUAAGAUUUUAUUAAAAAACUAGCUAAUACCCGGUUU